UGGAAUUGCAUGCUGGGGUCUACGCAGACGAUCGGCUACCACAUUUUGACAAAGAAAUCUUAGUUUUGUUGGCCUCAGAAAACACACAUAAUCUCCCAUCAUGGGAGUUCCGGCCUUCUUUGCCUGGCUGAGUAAGAAGUACCCCAGCAUCGUGGUGCACUGUGUGGAAGAAAAGCCCAAGGAUGUGAACGGAGUGAAGAUCCCAGUAGACAUCAGUAAGCCCAACCCGAACGAUGUGGAGUUUGACAACCUGUACCUGGACAUGAAUGGCAUCAUUCAUCCAUGUUCACAUCCUGAGGACAAACCUGCUCCCAAGAACGUGGAUGAGAUGAUGAUUGCCAUCUUUGAGGCGAUCGACAGAAUGAUGGCCAUCGUUCGUCCCAAGAAGCUCCUCUACAUGGCGAUUGACGGGGUGGCUCCGAGGGCAAAGAUGAACCAACAGAGGAAGAGACGUUUCUUUGCUGCUAAGGAAAGCAGAGAUGGGAAAGAGGAACUGGCCAGGAUACGUGAAGAGCUGGAGGGACAGGGUAUCCAGCUUCCCCCAGAGAAGACCAACCAGGAACACUUUGACAGUAACUGCAUCACUCCAGGUACAGAGUUUAUGCACUACCUGUCCACCUGUCUGCGCUACUACAUCCACGAGAGGCUCAACAACAACCCUGGCUGGAGAAAUGUUAAGGUUAUCUUGUCUGAUGCCAAUGUACCCGGAGAGGGAGAACACAAAAUCAUGGACUACAUCAGGAGACAGAGAGCCCAACCUGACCAUGACCCCAACACUCACCACUGUCUGUGUGGUGCUGAUGCUGAUUUGAUCAUGCUGGGCCUGGCCACACACGAGCCUCACUUCACCAUCAUCAGGGAAGAGUUCAAGUAUGGCAAACCCAGACCUUGCAAGCUGUGUAACCAGUUAGGUCACGAGGCGAAGGAAUGCCAAGGGUUGCCAAAAAACAAGGAUGGGGAGUUUGAUGAGCUGGCCCCCAUUAUGGGAGAGGAGGCCACCUUUAUCUUCAUCAGACUUAAUGUACUGAGGGAGUAUCUCGAACAAGAAAUGAUGAUCACUGGUUUGCCCUUCCCAUACGAUUUAGAGAGAGCGAUUGAUGACUGGGUCUUCAUGUGCUUCUUUGUGGGGAACGACUUUCUACCUCACCUGCCUUCACUACAGAUCAGAGAGGGAGCCAUUGACAGGUUGAUAAGAAUAUACAAGAGGACCAUACACAAGACUGGGGGGUACCUGACAGACAAUGGUUUAGUAAAUCUGAGUAGAGUACAGGUCAUUCUUACAGAACUAGGGAAAGAUGAAGAUGAGAUAUUCAAGAAAAGACAGGAAAAUGAGCUGAACUUCAGGGCAAGAACCAAGGCAAGGAAGAGAAGGGAGAAACAACAGAGGAUGAUGCAGGGUAGACCUGCAUGGACCCCAGAUGGGCAGUUUUCACCACAGCCCAUAGGACAGACUCCAUCCCCUAUCCACAACCCUCGCCAGGCUGCUGCACAGGGGAGGAUGGACUCUGCCAACAAGAGAGCUGCAGAUGACCUAAGGAAUAUGCUCGCUCGCAACGGGGAACAGACUCCAGACAGGACUCCAGGAAGCAGAGGCAGCACCCCCGGAAGUGGGGGGUUCAAGUCACCGGCCCCCCAGACCCCCUACAGCAUGCAGUACACCCCCCGCAGUGGGGAGAAGAGAAAGGCUGAUCAGGCUGAGCUGGACAGUGAUGAGGAGCCAGAGCCUGAAGAUGACGUCAGGCUGUGGGAGGAUGGCUGGAGGGAGCGAUACUACGUAGCUAAGUUUGAUGCCGACCCAAAUGAUGAGGAGUUUCGCCACUCUGUGGCUGCUGCCUACACAGAGGGACUUUGCUGGGUCAUGCUGUACUACUACCAGGGCUGCCCAUCGUGGAAAUGGUUCUUCCCCUUCCACUAUGCUCCCUUUGCCUCCGACUUUGUCAACAUUGGUGAUCUUCCCAACACCUUUGAGAAGGGGACCAAACCUUUUAACCCCCUGGAACAGCUGAUGGGAGUGUUCCCUGCCGCCAGUAAACAGUUCCUCCCGACAUCAUGGGCUGAACUCAUGAUCAAGCCGGAUUCGCCCAUCAUUGACCUGUAUCCAGAGGACUUCAGAAUAGAUCUCAACGGGAAGAAGUACACAUGGCAAGGUGUUGCUUUACUCCCGUUUGUGGACGAGGUGCGACUUCUCAAGGCUCUAGACGCCGUACGGGGAGAUCUUACGGAGGAAGAACUGUACAGAAAUAGCCUGGGUGCAGACCGGCUGUACCUGAGAGAUGGACAUCCUGCCUUCAGUUUCUUCCAAGGACUGUACCAAGACAGCUUGGAAGAGGCUGACCUGAAUGCUAACCUUACCCAAGGUAUGAGAGGUGUCAUCAAACCUGACAACCUGGCUAUCAUGCCAAACAAUACUGUCAAGUCACCUCUUCCGAACCUGCGAGAUGUCUUCAACAACCAGACACUAGGUGUUCUGUACAAGGACCCAUCAUACGCAGAAGACUACAUAUUCCCAGCCAAAGUACUGCCUGAUGCCAAGAUGCCAGACCGCGUCCUGAAGCCGGGAGACUUUGAGCGACACCAGCAGCAGGCGAACCGUGGGCGGGGCCGCGGGCGGGGCGGCGGUGGAUACCGUCCACAGCUAGGUUUUACCCGGGACAGUGGCCACGGGGCCAGACUGUCCGACUCGGGCCAUCGCAUGCUGCAGCAUGGCAUAAACAAGGCGUCGGGGAGUUCUUUAUUGGGGAGUCCUCCCCCGAUGAUGGGCUCCCCCGGGUUCCAGUCUCCACAGUACAACAGGGGGAGCAACUACAACUCCCCCUCCCCUUACAGCAGGGGCAGGGACUACAACUCCCCCUCCCCACACGGUUCAGGGGGUAGGUACGACAACUACAGACAAGGGGGCGGCUCUGGAGGCUACAGGAAUGAUCAGUAUCAGCAGAGACAGGGGGGUUACCCCCACCCCGGGGGCAGCUCACCCGCAACCCCCACAGGCUGGGGACACAACCAGGUGCAACAAGCCGUGUCGUACGGCAUUCAGCAGCUACGCAACCAGCAGGGGGGCAGCUACCCAACACCCCCGGGAGGGGGGUAUCCCACACCCCCUGGAGGGGGGUAUGGUAACAGAGACCACCAGCGUCGCGAGGAUCCCCGCCGCCGUGAGGACCCCCGUCGGCAGUCCUUCCCGCCCAACCGCGGCGGCCGAGGCAGUUACCCCCAGCAGAGCCGCGGAUGGUACUAAACCAAACAUAACCCACCCAUAGAGCAGUUACAGUGUACAUUGUUAGUGUACAGGGCUAGCAUAGGUAGACAACAUGUCAGUUUUUAACCUUCUUCCUGCAGCCUAAUCCUGUAAACCAAUAUAGAAUUGGCUACUUUGGUGUGCUAAAUGUUAGACAGGAAGAAACAAGCAAACAAUUCUGGGGGACCAAACUACAUUCUCUGUGUAUAAAUAUGCAAAUUUGUCGGGUCCUGAAUAGUAAACAUAUGAAAUCUUUUUGUAUGUUAUUGAAUGUAUUUUGUUGUCUAAGACUUCAUUAUAUGGUGGGAUAAUUUGGAUGAAAAAUUGACUACAGGAAAUUCAAUCUUUUUAUCACAGGAUAAAAUAGACAUGUUGUUGGUUGUUUGCAGUUGAAAACAUUGCCGUACAGUCAUUAGAUAAUAAAAGAAAUCACUAUUUUUUUUCAGCGGCUAAUUGUAAAGUUGAGCUGAUCUUUCACAAAUGUCUUACAAAUGUCUAACAGGAUACAUCUUCUGUAUGUUUCUGGUACCUAGUUAAUAUCUAGAUAUCAGUUAACACACAACUUGGAUAGAAAAGUCCUGCAAACAAGCUGUAUAAACCAGAUAUACUACAUAGGUGUACUUGCAACUUUGGCAGAACCAUGUACAAAUAAGUCAGUUAAAACUACUACAUGUAUUUGCCUGGUAAGUACUUUAGUAUACACUGUAUAUUUAGCAUGUCUAUACUUCUACGCUGCAUCCAGCAUUAUAGCUGGGUGGUAUACUAUCGAGGAAAAUAACAUUUUUUUAGAUGUAUAAGGUAAGCAAAACCCUUUCAUUGUUUGAAAUCAUGCGACAUUUGUCAAACUGUCUCCAUACUAUUGUUUACUACAUGUAUCAUUCUUUUUUUAGUAUUUUUGUAAAAUCUGUUAAAAUUAAAAAUUGCGAGCAGCCCAUGCUAAUCUGAAUAUGGUAUAAAGUGUCAGUCCAUUAAUAAUUGAGUAACUUUAGUUAUGAUUGAUACAUUUUGUAAUAAACUGAAUGUAAUUUAUGAAGCAGGUACCAUUUUGAGACUCUGGUCUUGGCAAUGUUCAAUUCCAGACAAUUUCCUCUCUCAGAAUGCGUAGUGAAUUUUACGUUUUGCUGUAUAAUUAAAUGUCACACUGGUACUGUGCAUAUUUCAACUCCUUUGAAAGUGUAUAGUUUUUUUUGUACAAGCGUUUUUGUUGUGUGAAAUUAUCUUUCACACUCAAUACUUAAACCACUAAAACUAAAUGAAUGUACAUUUAUACUAGUACCUGAUUUGAGGGACAUUGUAUAAUCAUGAAAUACAUUUUGAACAUUCUGUUUAGUUGAUCAAUUGAUUGUCUGGGAAGUGAAAGGGUGAAUAAAAUGUGUAUGUUGUGACAAAAAUUGGUGAUUG